CCUCUAACAGGCGGCGUGUUGACUGAACUCACCAACAGGGGCUUCUGUGUAAGCUGAGGCUAAACAAACACAGAUGGUUCUCUGGGAGCCUUCACAAAAAAUGUUGGCAAUGCAGCUGGGAGUUCAGAUGGCACUUUGAAUGUCUGAGAACCGCACGCGGCUUCUUCCAAUUGUGUUACCGUACCGCGCGCUGUACAGAAUACAUGUGUCUUACAGACUUCCACAUUCUGACCAGCAACAUCCCACAAUGAAGAACCCUCAAGUUUUAGCACAUGAACAGUGGAACAUCCUCUACAAAGAAAGGGGACUUAAUGGAAUAAAGAAACUUAAAAGACGAAAUAAGGAGAUCCCAAAGCAAGGGUAUGGACUCAAAAGUUUCAGAAGUGGUCCCAAGGUCAGUGAACUGGUAUUCGCAAGAUUUACUGAAAGAAAUGAAACUCUGCAUGACAGAUUGCAAGGAAGAACCACAGUCUCUAGUGGCUUAACUUGCGAUCGCACUGAAGCAAGAAGAGGAACUGCCGAAGUUACUGACACCAGAUUUGGAGUAUUAACCCCAAUGACAGCUGGACUGCCAGUUCACAAUGUUGCACAAUGUAAAGAUAAAUAUUUAAGAGAAUCCCACACAUCCAUGUUGGACACCCAUACAACUGCAGAACAGAGUUUACAGUCUAGGAUAGUGUUAUGUCAGCGUCCGUCAGACAGCUCAUAUUCUUCAGUUUCACAUGCAUGUUACAGCAGUAACAGUAGUGAUGCCACUUCAUCACCUAGGAAACGGCCAGGUGAAGGAUCUGGCGUCUCCUCCGAGAUCAAAGCUAUCCAGCAGACAAGGAGGCUGCUUGCAAAUGCAAGAGAACGCACCCGUGUGCAUACCAUCAGUGCAGCGUUUGAAGCUUUAAGGAAACAGGUCCCUUGCUACUCUUAUGGCCAAAAGUUAUCUAAACUAGCCAUUCUGCGGAUAGCCUGUAACUACAUCCUAUCCCUUGCCAGGCUAGCAGAUCUGGAUUACAGCGCAGAGCACAGCAACAUGAGCUUCUCCGAGUGUGUGGAACAGUGCACUAGGACACUGCAAGCAGAAGGCAGAUCAAAGAAAAGAAAGGAGUGAAAAAAUGUGAAGUAUGGCGUACUCAUCAAAACCCAGAAAAGAUAUUAAGUUGCAACCAUUGCUGGAAAGCUCCAAGCCCUUAACUGAAUGCAUGGUUGAAGAUGAGACUGCUUCAAGAAACCUUAUUGUCAGUGCAGUAUUUACAGUUUGGAAGUUUUAUGCUUGUCAGAGCAAGCAGAAGAGACAGAAAAUGAAGACGAAGAAACGUUGUGGAUAAAUUAUGAACUGACAUUAUACAAUGUCCUUAGCACCUUCUCAGUAUUUUACCUUAGGAGGCACACUUUGGAACUUUGCCCUGCAAUUAGCUGAGUCGACAAACUGCCUGUUCAGCAAUGCCUUUGUUAAAAGUGCUAUGGGCUGAUUGUUACUUUGCAGAAAUAAAUGAAAACUUGUUUCAUAUUUUUUGUGUAACAGAAUGACUUUAGCUGCAGUCAUAAAUGAAGGUAAAUUAUUUUUAUAUAAGCACAGACUCACUGCUAUGUGUAUAUUAACUAAAAGAGUGUUUGUCCUUUUAACUGUAAUUGUAAAACUAUCAGCAGCUACUGGUUUUGUGUACUAGGUGAACAGGUGAGGCACUUGGAACUGUCCUGCAGCAAAAACAAGUGGCUGUUACAGCGAGACAGAUGGGUGAGUGGGCUCUAUGCAUCCAAGAUGCUUCAUAUUCUUUGGAGUAUAAAUGUAUUAUAGUGAACUGCAAACUGCUUAAUCACCCAGGAAUCAGUCUUCUUAUGAUCUGGUGUCAUUUGUUAACCGCAUAUACUGUUGAACCAUACUGCAAAUGUUUACACUCUGUAACAACAUUUAAAAUAGGCCUUUAAAUUUUAUAUGUAGGCUAGCACUUAACGCUUUUAAAAAAGGGAAGAAUACAUAGUCUUACUGAAAGCUUUAAGUCUUGCUUUUUCACUAAAACCAUUGAACGAUUUUUGGCUAAAAUUACAACAAAAUGAGAAAACAUAGAAUGGAUUUUCACAGGUCACCAAGAAAGAACCUGUUCUGUGACUGUGGUCUGUUAUUACCAUGUAUGGGGCAAAUCCUAUGGCUGUGAAACUGAUUAUGUGCAUAACUGUAGAGUAUAUAAUGAAACGGAAAAUGAUACCUUAUCAUUCAAAUAUGAUCACUCUUAACAGUAAGUAUUUAUUAUUAGAUGCUGUAUUAACUGUAUAAUUAAUAAUUCAUUCAUUUAAAAACAUAGAGAAAUAUGUCUAUUUUAAGAUAUACAUGUGAAAGGAGUCCCUUUACAGAGCACCAAUUCACAAGAUUCGUGAAAAGCCAUUUAUUUGAUUGAAGUAUAUAUAUUUUUAACAGUAGUCUACUUAAGACAAUGAAGGCAGCACUUACCAUGAUAAAUAAAUAUGUAGAGAAUGCCUAGUCAGCACUUUUUAUCCCAGCAGUUUGUCUGGUUUUCCUGCUUAUGACACUGUUCAGCCUGUUUAUAAACAUUCUGUACUAUUUACCGUCACUUGAUUUCUCCUUUCAGAUGAAGAUUGCCGGCAGAAAUUUGAAUUAUGGACAAUUUGCAGUGCCGGCAAUAUGUUACUGUUUGUUUUCUUUAAAGUCGCUCUGUGUUGUAAUUGUCAGGUGUAUAUAUUAAAAAAUAUUAACUCUUGAACUUUCGGAAUGAUUAAAAUAUAUCAGCAUUACAGCAAA